AUGGGUACAGGUUCUAAAUUAGCUACUGGUGCUGCCGUUACUGCUGGUACUGUAGGAGCUCUUGGUACUGCUGCUUAUGGCGGACAACUUGGUGCUAAUGCUCAGAAAUUUGUUGCUGGAAAUGUUGCUAAAGCUGCAAAUAAAGCUGGUGAAUUUAUGGCCAAUAAAGGAAUUAAUGCAGGAUUUCAGAGAGAACGAAAUUAUGAUGAGGAUAUGAAUAGGCUUGGUAGAUUAAAAACACAAAGACAACUUCAUACUGGGGUCAACGAACUGAAUAGUGAAAUACGAAAGUUAGGAAAUGAGUUAAAUAAUGGAACGGUUGCUGGUAAUGUAACUGAAGGUGCUGGAAAACUAUUAGAUAAUCCAAUAGCAGGUACAGUUGGUGCAUUUAAGGGUGGAUCUCUUGGAGCAACCAUAGGAUCUGCUUUUGGACCGCUUGGAACAGUUGCUGGUGCUGUUGCUGGUUCUGUCCUUGAUAUGAUAAGAUUUAUUCAAAAAGAGUUCUGGAUUGGUGCUGCUUUAAAUGCUGUUGGUGUUGCUGGUACUGUUGGUAGUUUAGUACAGGGUCAUAACCAGCAAAAACAAGAAGCAGAUUUACAGCGUCAACAAUUAAAAGAACAAAAAAGGAUUGCAGAGGAACAGGCAAAACAACAAAAGCAACUUAUAUCUGCCAUUAACAAUAAUACUGCAAACAAUGGUGGAGUAGGUAGUAUUCUUCAAAAAUCAUUCGCACUAGGUAAUACUGUAAAAGGUGUAAUUGGUAUAGCUAAAGAUCUUCAAAAACAACAUAAUAUAGUUGGUAAAGUAGGCAAAAUGGCUAUAUCUGGUGCUGCUAUGGGUGGGUUAGCCUAUGGUGCAGAUAAAAUUAUACAACACCAAGAAAAGAAAGAUGGUAAUGUUAUUGAAAAUACUCCUGAGCAGAAAAAGAAAAAUGGUAGAACUUUAUUAACUGGAGCAGCAUUAGCCACAACUGCAGUCUUGGCACAUAAGGGGCAUCUUGGUAAAACUGCACAAAACUUAUCAAAAUCUGUAGUUUCUGGUGCUAAAUAUGUAGGUAAAAAUAUAAAGAAUGCCUAUGGUACUGAAAUUAGAGAGAAUGCUAUAAAGUCUGCUAGAAGUGAUGCAGCUAAUACUAUAAGAGAGGCUAGAAGAAUUGGUGAUCCUACAAAAUUAGCAGAAGGAUUAGCUAAGAGUAAACAGGCAAAAGAAUUAGCUAAGAAACCGCUAAAUUAUACUAAAUCUAAUUUUGCAAAAGAUCUAGUAAAAGAAGUAGCUAGUCCUAUGAAUCUUGCCUUUGGUGCAGGUAUUCCUUUAGCUACUUAUGCUUCACAGAAAAAAGCAGAAAAGGAUCAACAAGAAGCAACAAAAACCUAUUCUAUAAAUAUAAAAGCUGCUGGAAAAGGUGUAUUGGGAUUCUUAAAUGGUGGAGUUACUUCUAAGGGUGUAAAAAGCUUAGGAAAUACUAUAGCUAAACAUGGAGCAGCUAAUAAUUCUAGUAUUUUACAAACUACUGGAAAAUUUUUACAGAAUGAUAAAGUUGCUAAAUUAGUUCCUGUUGCUGCUAUAGGUACUGGUGCUACCGUUGCUUUUGCUCCUUGGUCUUUAGGUGAGAAAGCUGCUAAGAAAGUUGCUGGUGCGGUUGAUAAGAAUGCUUUUGCCUAUGAAAAUCAGCAAAAUAAGCAAAUACAAUAA